UCGGAGGUUUGUUCUUCCUUGCUGAGGAUGAAAACCUGUUUUUGCUUUUCAGUGAUCCUCAGUAAGGACGGAGUUUGAGCACAGAAGUCAUGGCUGAAAAUUAUUAUCAAGAAGAAGCUGCUGCCGAAUUCUCUGUAUCGACCGGUGGAAUUCCUCACUCGGUGGCUGAUAAUGAAGUUGAACCAGUCUCAAAUGUCAAUAGCACACCGAAGGAUCCAAGGAUCAUCGCUAGAAAAUAUCAGUUGGACCUAUGUAAGAAAGCUGUGGAGGAGAAUGUGAUUGUUUACUUGGGGACGGGUUGUGGCAAAACUCAUAUUGCUGUGCUGCUUAUCUAUGAGCUUGGUCACCUGAUUAAGAAACCUGAGAAUAAUAUAUGUAUAUUUCUGGCACCAACGAUACCACUGGUCCGGCAGCAAGCCAGGGUCAUUGAGGAAUCCAUUGAUUUCAAGGUUGGGAGCUAUUCUGGAAAUUCUAAACGUCUGAAAAGACAUGCUGAAUGGGAAAAAGCAAUUGAACAGUAUGAGGUUCUUGUUAUGACCCCUGAAACACUACUACGUAGUUUACACCAUUGCUUCGUCAGAAUGGAGCAAAUUGCACUUUUGAUAUUUGAUGAGUGUCAUCAUGCACAGGCACAAAGCAGUCAUCCUUAUGCACAAAUCAUGAAGGAGUUCUAUGAAACUGGUGCAUUGAAACGUCCACGUAUAUUUGGCAUGACAGCAUCUCCUGUCGUGGGAAAAGGCGCGUCCAAUCAAGCAGAACUACCAAUAUGUAUCAACAGUCUUGAGAAAUUACUUGAUGCAAAGGUUUAUUCUGUUAGUGACAAAGAAGAAUUGGAAACUUUUGUGGCAUCUCCAAAAGUAAAAGUUUAUUACUAUGGUCCUGUUACGAAUGCUUCUUUGAGCUAUGACGCAUGUCAUGCAUCCUGUGUUAAAAAACUUGAAGAGAUAAAAGGCCAGUGUAUGUCAAUGCUGCACAAGAAGGCAGAUGAUCGUAGUCGCCUACGAAACAGUCAGAAGUCACUUGGGAAGCUGCAUAAUAAUCUGCUUUUUUGUUUGGAAAAUCUUGGUCUUUGGGGAACAGAGCAAGCCAUUCGAAUCUUCUUAGAUGGUGAUGAUUCUGAGAGAAAUGAAUUGAUGGGAACAGAAGCUGGUUCUAGUGAGAACUCCUUGGCAGAUCAUUAUUUAACUAUUGCUGCCUCAGUCUUGGACUCUGAUUUAAUGAAGGGUGGAACUGGAACUGAUUUAUCUACCCUGGAGGCUUUAAAGGAACCAUUCUUGUCUAAAAAGCUACUGACUCUUAUUGAAAUUUUAUCCACUUUUAGGUUACAGCCCAAUAUGAAAUGCAUAGUGUUUGUGAAUAGGAUUAUUGUUGCAAGGUCCUUGUCCUGCAUACUCAAGAAGUUAAAGUGCUUAGAAAUUUGGAAGUGUGAUUUCCUGGUAGGGUGCCAUUCUGGACUCAAGAAGAUGUCUCGGAAAAUCAUGAAUUCCAUUGUUGAGAAGUUCCGCUCCGGAGAGCUGAAUUUGUUGAUUGCGACUAAAGUGGGUGAAGAAGGACUUGAUAUUCAGACGUGCUGCCUUGUAAUAAGGUUUGAUUUACCAGAAACUGUUGCCAGUUUUAUACAGUCUAGAGGCCGUGCACGCAUGCCACAGUCCGAAUAUGCGUUUUUGGUUGACAGGGGAAACCAGAAAGAGGUCAACCUGAUCAAAAGUUUUCUAUUUGAAGAGGAUCGUAUGAAUAAGGAAAUUACAUGUAGAACAUCUAGAGAGACAUUUGAAGCAAUUGAGGAUGCAAUCUACAGAGUUGAUUUUACUGGUGCCUCAAUUAAUGCUAACUACAGUGUUUCCUUACUCCACCAUUAUUGCUCCCAACUCCCUCAUGAUGAACAUACAUUUGUGUUUCUCUGCAGAUAUUUCAACCCUACGCCGGAAUUCUUUUACUUUGAUGAUGUAGAAGGAAUACUAUGCCAUAUAAUCCUCCCAUCUAAUGCUCCCAUUCACAAAGUUGUUGGUGUAUCCCAGCCUUCAAAAGAAUUAGCUAAGAGAAAUGCUUGUCUGAGAGCAAGCCAAGAAUUGCAUAAACUUGGUGCCCUCACAGACUAUCUUCUACCAGGCCAAGUUGAUGAAAUGGAAGGAUUAGCAUUGCCAUUAUCCAACUCCGAAAGAAGUGAAGAUGAGUCUUUGCGAGGAGAACUUCAUGAGAUGUUAAUACCUGCUGCUCUCAAAGUGCCAUGGAAUAACUCAGAAGAUAUUAUCAUUCUUAAUCUUUAUUUUAUAAGUUUUACCCCUAUUCCAGAAGAUAGACUGUACCAAAGAUUUGGUCUUUUUGUAAAAGCACCUCUUCCAAGGGAGGCUGAGAAAAUGGAACUUGAUCUUCAUCUUGAUCAUGGUAGAAUUGUGAGGACAAAGCUUAUUCCUUCAAGGUUGAUUAAAUUUAAUAAGGAUGAGAUUCUGCUGGCAGAGAAUUUUCAAGAAAUGCUUCUCAAGAUCAUACUUGACCGCACUGACUUCUCUGCUGAUUUUGUCCCCUUGGGGAAGAAUGCUUUAUCUCGAUCAUCAACCUUUUACCUAUUGCUUCCUGUCAAGGAGCAUGAACAUGAAGACACAAUGACUGUUGACUGGAAGAUUGUCAAAAGGUGCUUAUCUUCACCAGUAUUCAAAUUUCCCACAGGUGCUGUUGAAAAUGGUGUUCUUCCUGUCAACCAGACCUUGAAGCUUGCCAGUGGUCCUGUGAAUAUAACUGACAUCUAUAACAGUUUGGUAUUCAUCCCACACAAGAAUUCGUUUUUCUUCAUUGAUGAUAUUCUUCAUGAAACAAAUGGAUACAGCCCAUUGAAGGGUUAUUCAAGCUAUGAAGAGUACUUUAUGAAGAAGCUUGAGAUUCGCCUUUUAUACCCUGAACAGCCUCUUUUGAAGGCAAAACAACUCUUCCUUUUACACAAUUUGCUUCAUAACCGGAUGCAAGAGGGUACAGUGGUCCGUAAAAAAGAGGAGCACUUUGUCGAGUUACCUCCAGAGCUGUGUCAAUUGAAGAUAAUUGGUUUUUCCAAAGACAUAGGGAGUUCAUUGUCCUUAUUACCAUCAAUAAUGCAUCGUCUAGAAAAUCUACUUGUGGCAAUUGAGCUUAAGGAAAUGUUGUCAGCUUCAUUUCCAGAGGGAUCUGAAGUUAAUUCCUCUCGUGUCUUAGAAGCUCUCACUACAGAAAAGUGUAUGGAACGCUUUUCACUCGAAAGACUCGAAGUACUUGGUGAUGCUUUCCUCAAGUAUGCAGUUGGAAGGCACCUUUUUCUUUUAUAUGAAGCUCUUGAUGAAGGAGAAUUGACCAGGAGACGUUCUAAUAUUGUAAAUAACACUCAUCUGUACAAAUUAGCAACUAGGCGCAAUUUACAGGUGUACAUACGUGAUCAACCAUUUGAGCCCUGCCGAUUCUUUGCUGUCGGCCGUCCUUGUCCAAUAAUCUGUGACAUGGACACAGAAGAAAUAAUUCAUUGUCAGCCAAAAAUUGAAAGCGUAGCAGCAGAUGCUAUUGAUGUGAGGUGCAAUAGGUGCCAUCAUUGGUUAUACAAGAAAACUAUUGCAGAUGUGGUGGAAGCCCUGAUUGGAGCGUUCCUAGUUGACAGUGGCUUCAAAGCUGCAAUUUCAUUUCUUAGAUGGAUCGGUAUAGAAGUGGACUUUGAAGAUUCACAAGUUUCUAAAAUUUGCAUGGCAAGCCAGGACUACAUGUUGCUUGAUGAUUCUGUGGAUAUUUCUGCCCUUGAAAAUUUUCUAGGAUACCAGUUUCUGCAUAAAGGUCUUCUUGUACAGGCAUUUGUGCACCCUUCUUAUAAGCAUCCUUUAGGAGGAUGCUAUCAGCGACUCGAGUUUCUUGGAGAUGCUGUCUUGGAUUACUUAAUAACAUGUUAUCUAUAUUCAGUUUAUCCAAAGCUAAAGCCAGGGGAGUUGACUGAUUUGCGGUCAAUGUAUGUAAAUAAUAAUUCCUUUGCCCGCAUAGCUGUUUGCCGAUCCUUUCACAAGUAUCUUAUCUCUGAUUCAGAUAGCCUCUCUGAGGCAAUCACAAAGUUCGUGACUUUUGUGCAAACACUUGCUUCAGGAAAAGGCCUAAAUGAGGAGCCUAAAUGUCCAAAGGUUCUUGGUGAUUUGGUCGAGUCUUGUGUUGGUGCUGUGCUUCUUGACACUGGUUUUAACUUAUACCGUGUUUGGGAACUAAUGCUAUCCUUUGUGGAGAUAAUAAUGAGCUUUUCAAGCAUGCAGUUUAAUCCUAUUAGGGAGCUCCAAGAACUUUGCCAGUAUCAUAAGUGGGAUUUGCAGUUUUCAAGUUCGAAGGUAGGGGGAGCUUUUGUAGUAGAAGCAUGUGUCAUUGGAAAAAAAAAUGAUUCUACUAUUAGAGUGACAAAUCUCAGCAAGAAGACUGCUAAGAAAUUGGCUGCACAACAAAUGUUCAUGAGACUUAAGAAACAAGGCUACGGUCGAAAAAACAGAACAGAGAGAUUUUUGGACGCAAACCGGAAACAGGAAGCGAAGUUGAUUGGAUACGAUCAGUCACCCAUUAACGUUGUUGUUCCUGAUUGUAUUGGUGUCGAGGCCUUGAAGAUACAAGAUGCUUCUCCUGCUGUUAGCAAAACCAGGGAAGAUAACAACGUCAUUGAAAAGAGAGGCUCCAAGAAAAACUCACAACCCACUGGUAUUGUUUAAAUGCUGUUUUGAUUUGUGAAGUGCAGGUUGCAAGUCACGAUGCAAUUAAACUGUGAGCAGAGAAUCCUAUCUUUAAAAUUAGAU